UUUUGUUUUUGUUUGAGAUGAGGUUGGAUUGGAAUUGGAGGUUUGAAGUUCAAGUUCAAAUGUUGGGGCAUGCAUGAUUUAUGAUUUUAUAGUUCAAUUUAUUAAUUAUAGGCCUUUAUAGUUUACUUCGACAGUAUUAUUUGUUGCAUGUGGAUAUAAAUCUUACUUUUGCUUAUUAAAACUAGUAUGCGAUAAUAAUAAUAUUUUAUCAACUCAAGAGCUUUUACAAACAUAGAGUUUCGUCAUAAGCAUGAAGCGGAUGAAGCAAAACACUGUUAAAAGUACUAUAAAGAAAGCUAGAUCAAAUGAAAAUAUCAAAGGAAAACAUCCUUUACAGGUCUAUUGCAGAGUGCGACCUCUGCAGAACGAGAAUGAGUCGUCGUGUGUGAGGAUCGAGUCAGCCAACAGCCUGCUGCUCACUCUUACCGAUGUAAACCGCGCCGGCGCCGGUCUCCACAAACAAAUGCGCUUCACAUUUAAAAGCGUUUUCGAUGAAACUGCCAAUCAAGAUCAGGUGUUCACAGAAACCUCUCUGCCAUUGGUGCAGAAUCUGAUCGCUGGGAAAAAUGGCCUGUUGUUCACGUAUGGAGUAUCCAAUAGUGGCAAAUCGUUCACCAUGGAUGGCACGCCUGAUAACUACGGCAUAAUGCCCAGAAGCAUCAGUGUGCUCUUCAAUUCAAUCAACAUCCGUCAAGCACCCAAGUACCUGUUCAAACCUGAUAAAUUGAACGGAUUUGAUGUUCAAUCAGAACCUGAUGCCUUGCUCGAACGUCAACGAGAGCUGAUGUCUUCUAUGAGGAACCCAAAAUCAGCAAAAAAAAAAGAUCCUUCCGCUGAAAUACUUAUGAGAGGAAGACAAGUUUCUAGUCAAAAAUUUGAUGUGAAUGAAGAAAACGUAUUUGCAGUAUUCAUAACGUACAUAGAAAUUUACAAUAAUUGUGUCUAUGACCUUCUAGAGGACUCUCAAACGGAGGAUUGCACAAGAAUAAGGCCUCUACAGCCGAAAAUUAUUCGAGAAGAUGGUACGCAUAACAUGUAUGUGCAUGGAGUCGAUGAAAUAGAAGUAAUGACACCUGAGGAGGCUCUCGACAUUUUCUACAGAGGCCAGAAGAGGAGGCGAUUGGCUCACACCGCCCUCAACACAGAGUCCAGUCGAAGUCAUUCUGUUUUCACAAUAAGGCUGGUGCAGGCGCCACUAGACGUGUCGGGUGGAGGAGAGGGCGGGGUGCUAGACGCGGAGCGGAAGCAGUUGAGCGUGAGUCAGCUGUCGUUGGUGGAUUUGGCGGGCAGCGAGCGAACGUCACGCGCCAAGACGCACGGCCAGCGGCUGCGUGAAGCAGGCAACAUCAACAACUCACUCAUGACGCUGCGAAACUGCUUCGAGCUGCUGCGUGAGAACCAGCGGAACGGCACCGCCAAGAUGAUCCCCUACCGCGAGUCGCGCCUCACGCACCUCUUCAAGAACUACUUUGAUGGCGACGGUGAUGUGCGCAUGAUCAUCUGCCUCAAUCCGCGUGCCGAUGACUCUGACGAGAUCAAUCAUGUACUGAAAUUCGCAGAGAUGUCACAAGAAGUGAAGGUGAAUAGAAUCAGACCGACCCCCACCCCCACCCCCGCCAAGGAAGUGGUGUGCAGGCACAAUGAGGGCUCGAGGAAGCCACCACGCUCUGAGGAGGUCAAGCAACCAAGUGAGCUGCUUCCACCAGAGAACAUCAACUCGAAAUUGAACUCCUCUUUUCUUCUGAGUUGUCGUUUCCAACAAAGUUUCCCGGUGACAGAUAUCUCGAAUUCAGAAAAUGAAGGAGUCAUUGCAGAAACUCUAAAAUUACUCCUUGCCAGGAAAGAAAAGGCGAAAGAACUCCAUACCCACACGAGAAACUAUGCGUCUUCACUCCGUUCAGGACUUGAGGCCGUCUUCAGUGCGAGUGAUGAUGAUCAAAAGAAAAUCCAUAGUUUGACUGAGUUGAAUAGAGAACACAACCAAACUAUUGAGGAAUUACAGAGGAAAAUCAAUCAGAUGGAAUCAGAAAAACUGAAUUUGAAAAUGAAAUGCACUAGUACCGAACAUCACCUCCGUAGUCGGGAAAAUGAGUUGGCAGACAGGGAGCAACAACUAGCUAAGGAACAAGAGGCGCGUGAAAAGGAGAAAAUGCGUAUGAAAGAACAGAUAAAUUAUAAAGCGGAGAAGCUGGCGAAAGCGUUCCAACGACAAAAGAGUGAGAUAGAACAAGAUAUGUUGCUGAGAGAUAGGAACCUGAUGAAAGUGAAGCAGAUCCUGGAUGGUGGUGGGAUGACGUCGAGCAGUGACUCGGACGUGGCAAGGGGUGUGCCGUCUGCAGUGACUCUGCGGAGGCGACCGCCAGCGAGCAGUGACUCGGAAGGUGCAAGGGCUAUGCCGUCUGCAGAGGCUCUGCGGCUGCGAAACCGCGCUAGACCGCCCAGCAAGUGCACGGUGGAUGUGGGAUCGGCCAGCAAGUGGAGAGGUCGCGAAAACAUGGCUUCAGCCGCCGCCAACCCGCGCCUCUACCGGCGGUCGCGGUCGGCCGGUCCCGGAGACGUGUGGCUCGACCACCGACCUCCCAACCUGUCACCUGACACCCUCUGUCAACCCGUCAUGGGCAAAGCUCACCAUGUUACCAAGCUCACCCACAUCAAGGACGUCAGCAAGUCCUCCAAGUACUGCCUCACCGUCCUCGACAAAGACUCUGAUGGCGACAUUGAAACUUGUCUCUACAAGGGAGACGUUCUUCCAACACCAUCUGGCGGUGCCCAGGUCCUUUUCAACGAUGUUGAAAUUCUGAAGCAGAAGUCACCAAUCAAUUCACCUCCAAGAAAGCGCGCUAGUCCCAGAGUGGGUAAUGCGACACACGAAGACACUGAAAACCAUUGUGCACUGUCGCUUGAAGGCCAUGGAAAGAGAUCUCGUUGCUGAAAAUGGAUAAAAUGUACAAUCGAUAAAGACCAAAAUCGAUCAAAAUAAGAAUUUAGUUCUAACACUUGGUGCUUCCGCUCCGUAUCUUCUAUUGCUUAAAUUGCUUUACUUCUUUAUCAUGCAAUAUUACUUAUUGUCUAUACAAUUACUUCUCAUUACUGCUAUCGCAUCACUAUAUCAUAUAGGUGUUUUUUAUAAUAAUUGUUGUACAGUAUGGCGCAGCAAAACAGGGAAGUUGAAAAAAUUUAUUCCCGUGAAUAAAUCCAUGAAACUAUUAAAUUGGUACAUUGGACUCCGGUUAGAGCGCGAAUCCGGUUAUAUUGCUCUUACAAGAUAGGACCGGCCAAUAUCCCAUAUAAUUAUGUGUAUUUCGGAUCCUUUUAUAACGCGGUGUUUCUCCGGAUAUAGCGCUGUUUCCACAUAAUGUCCCAUAGCUUUAUUGUUGCUCUCAGUCAGUGAAAUUCCACAAAAUAGACUAUUAUUAAACAAUUCACCAGUUACUGGACAAAAUUUUAUGGAAUAGUUUAGAGCCUCUCCCACCUCUUGGAAUUCCCUAUUAUAACCAGUUUGUAUGGUGUCAAUCACCCCUACUCUUUCCCUCUCUGUUACUGUACUGAAAAGACUUUGUGAACUGGACAUUGUCAGUAGACCGACAGUGGUGUUUAUGAUUUUGAAGCAGAUUAUGAAGUGAAAGAGGAAUUUUUGAAGCCUCCAACUCUUUCUCAGGCUUUCAAUCAAGUGAAACAAAUUAUUUCUUUUCAUGAGUGUAGGAGAGAAUGAGAGUGAUGACAUGAUACUGUAAAAUUUGUAUGAGAUUUCAAGUAGCAUAGACAGAAAAUUCCUAAAUUCUAGAAAAGUUCAAAAACUAUCAAUGAAUAAUUUAGGAUGUAAGAUCAUAAAAUAUUCAUCAAAAACGCGUUCAAAGUGUUCAGUAUAUAAAAUAAGAAUGGCAUAGUAAUUUAAAUAGCUGUUUAGUGCUUGAUUGUAUAAUAACCCAUUUCCACUGUUGAUAAAUGGCAACACUGGUGAUAGCGCUGCUCCGGCUAUAGCGCUCACAACCGGAUGGUCCCUCCAACCGCGUUGUAACCGGAGUCUACUGUAUUAACAAAAAGGCAUGUCAAACAUGUUUCUAAAAUAAUUUUUUUCAAAAGUGUCCCUACUUUUGAGGAUGACAUUGGAAAGAUGAAGAACCAUUCGGCCUUCAUCUCUGGAAUGAGAGUAUAGAAAAUUUUGGUGAAUUACAGUGAUUUGUUUCCAAUGUUAUCCUUCAGUUCAUGGAUUGUUGCAGGACGUUUACAAUAUUCUUUGCUUGUGAUGAUGUCAGCAUUAAAUAUCUAGCUAAAAUAUUUGCUGUGUACCAGAUAUCACAAUUUUUAUAAAAUGUUCUUGCUAUUAUUGCACGUUACACUCCAGUCCAAUGAUCGUUCAUUACUAAAUGGGUAUUUGUCACAUCAAUUGAGCGAAAUUCCUAACAAUGCCAGCUCUACAGUGCUGCCAGGUGUGAUGUACAACAUUUUCCGUUUCCCUGCGCCACUGUAUAAACCUGCUAUUAUUUUAUUUAUUGUGUGUCUGAGAUAGAAUUAGUCUAUUUUUCGCAACUUUGAUAAUUAUGUUUCGAUUUUUUAAGCUUUUGAAUCACUAUUAAUUAUGUCUUUUCAAUUUGAUGUCUCAAUCUACCUCAGUCGUUUCGAAGAAAUGAAAUCAAAUAUUAAUGUGAUUAUGAAAGCUUCAUAUUGUUGAUAUUAUGAAAUAUUAACUCUUGAAUAUCACGAGUUAAUAUUGCCUUAAAGGUUGCCUGCCGUCAACAUUUUUCUCACAUCAUAAAUUUAAUCUGAUGAAGACUAAGUGGGCAAAUGUGAAAAUAAACACGAACACUCUCAACACACCCAAUGGAAAUUGUCUCAACUUUUUAUCGUAACGAUUUUGAAACCUUUUCAUGAUAAACAUGUGAAAUUAAUUUCAUUUAAUAAAGGAAGACUCAAUGAAAUAAUUGAUUAUUUGAAAAAGUACAAAUUUUAUAGGCUCAUAUAUUUUGGUAAAAACUUUUUCAUAAAACUCUCUUUUAUUGUAGUAAUUUUAUCAAGUAGCAGGCUGUUAUUACUCUUAGGACCGUUUGCAUAGUCAAAGCUUAAACGAAAUUAAAUCAGCUGGUGGCUUUGACUAGAAAUUGAACACAUUAUAACAAACGAGACUUGAUACGGAUUUAAUCACUACCUCCGUUUUCGGAGGUAGUGAUUUAAUCCAGUUAAAAAUUAAAUUUAGUUUAAGCUGUGACUGUGCAAACGGCACUUAACUUAGUGAUAUCGCAAAAUGUACUUAAUUUUUGUAUUACCAAAUACCUCAUUUUAUGUAUUAGUUGCAUAGUUUGAAUAUCCAUGACUUAUUUUUCUAUUUUAUGUAGUAAUGAUAUAAUUUUAAGCUGAAGUUGAGAAUUGAAUGUGGAACCCAUUAAUUGUUUUUUGCGAUGUUUCAAUUCAAAGCAAUCUGAGCUACUUUACUAUUUUUGUUUUCAGAAACCUGAAUUGAAUUCAACGAUGCCAUAAUAAAAACAACAAAUAAGUUUUAUGAUUCUAUUCAAUUUUCUAAAUAACUUCUUACAAUUGAGCUAAUUGUUAAAAACCAAGAUUACUAAGAUUUAUUUUAAAUGAUUACUUAAAUUAGCUCUGUGUGAUUGUCGCUCAAUGGUGUAUUAAACCUGAUACAACUUAGUUGCUCAAUUUCAUUAUGUGAUUUAGUUAACUCUUGGGAGGGGGGGGUUACCGUGCUAUGAUAACUAAUUGCACGUUAAUCUGUUGAAGGAACUGCUGCAGUAUUGCAAAGUUUUUGUUUGAUCUAAACUGUCAAAUUCUCUUAUUCGUUAUUCAUGUUCUAUAAGUUUCAUGACAUCUUCAUAAUAUCUUAUAUAAGUUGUCAGGUCAUUGAUGACGAAAAUCAUUUGAAAAUCUUAAGAUGGAAAUUUUUUUUAGUAAUCUUAUCAUAACGAUCAUUCUCUAAUAUUUAUAGUUCAUGUCUUCAAUUGCGCUAACCAAAUUAUAUGUUUGAAGCUGUUGUAUUUUCAUUGACGGGUAUAUCACGCUUAAUGCUCAUUUGUAUUUGUGUUAUUAUCUUUAAUCGUUAAAUUUUAUGCGACUGAUUAUGAAAUCAUAAUUCCAUGAUGUAAUUUAAAUUAGUUAAUUUAGAUAUUAUAAACAUUAAAAUUAGUCCAUGAUACUUUCCGCCAAGUACAGUGGAAGAUAGUACAGUCAAUGCCUAUGGGUCCUAUGCUAUCGUUGUAAUCUAUUUUGUUUUGCGAAUGAUUGUUUAAAUACUAAUUUCUUUACAUUAUCUUUUGAAUUAAAAAAAUAUUUUUCAAUAUUAGUUCAGCUAGUGAAAUUCAACGAGUAAUCAUGUUGUCAACUUCAAAAAAUAUCUGUCUUCCACGUAUCUCGAUUUUUCUUAUUACUUGAGAAACAUUCUAGCUGAAUUUUAAGGUAGGUAGCGUUUGGCAAUAUUAUCAGUCUCAUGUCUGUGAUUAUAUUUGAAAAUCAUAUUUAUGAAUUUUCCACUUUACCAUUAAAGUUAUAGUUUUGUAGAUGUAUAAAAAAUAUAAAAUUCAUCAAAAACUUUCAUUAUGAUUAAUAAAUAUUAUUGUUAUUAAUUUCCAUGAAUAAUAUUAUAGUCUAUUAUUAGCGA